AUGGAGGAAGUGGCGAUGGUGAGUUGGGGUAUUUGGCGUGCGCGGAAUAACUUUGUUUGGCAAAAAAGGAGUUGGUUUGCUUCAAAUAUUGUAACAUCAGCUAGAAACAUGCUUGAUCAAUACAAAUUUGCUCAGGAAAUGAAGGGCUUUUCGUUGUCUCCUUUUAAUGAUGGGAAGUGGACCUGUGAGCGUUGGAUUGCACCUGUGUUAAACAAGAUUAAAGUUAAUGUUGAUGGGGCUUUAUUUGAACAAGAGGGGCGGUUUGGAGUGGACUGUGUAGCUCGAGAUCAUCAUGAAACCAUGGUAGAAGCUUUCAAGAAGGGAAAGGUUGGAAGUACUGGACAAGCUGGUGACCUUUAA